AUAGCGACCCCAAAUGAUUGGGACAUAAGGCUUAGUUUGGUUUGGUUUAUGGACGUGAAGCAAACCCCCCACCCACACACACAACCAAAUGGGAAAAAAAAAAAGAAAUAAGAAAAUACUGGAUUCUGGAGGGAUGGGAUACUUUGGAAUUUGGAUUCAUGUAAUUUGAGGAAGACUGUCUUAUUUUUUGUUGUCUUUGGGUGACUUUAGACGGGUAUAAGGACAGUCAUGACGUGUGUUAGGAAUGAAAGCAAUUAUAGAAUGAUAAAUUUCUGCCAAGUUGAAAUCGACAUGAUCUCUGAGUUAUCUUGGGGCAUUGCGCUUUCAGGUGCCAACUUGAACAAAGCGAGGCUCAAAUUCCCACUCUGUGGACUGUUUAUAGUGGGGCAUUGUGGAUUUUUAACAGCUGAUCGGCAUUAUCUCUUGCAGGUCAAAGAUUUGGAAGUGGAACUUGAAACUACAAAGCAGAGUGGCAAAGAAAACCUGCAGCAAGCGAUUCUUAUUGAAAGGGAAAGAUUUACACAAAAGCAGUGGGAUACGGAGGAGCUCAGAAGAAAAUGUAUGGAGCUGGAGUUGAAGUUGAAGUCUGAACAGGAUGAAAAGGCUGACCUGGAGUCAACAAAAGUCUCCAUCAUUCAAGAGAAUGAAAUACUGCUCCAAGAGUUGGAUGAUGCAAGGGAGCAGCUUGAGAAGUUGCAGAAACGUCAUGACGAGUUAGAGUUGAAGUCAAAAGUGGAUGUCAAAGUCCUUGUUAAGGAGAUCAAAUCUCUUCGAAGUUCUCAAUCAGAAUUGAAGCAGGAGCUUAGCAGAUUGGCGAAGGAAAAAUUAGAAGUGGAGAGAGUCCUCCACAAGGAAAAGCAAAGAAGAGAAGAUGCAAAUGCUGCUAAUGCAAAGUUGCUGCAUGAAUGUGAAAUUCUUCGCAGCCGUCUUGAAGAAUGCAGCAUUAAUUUCCUCAUUGAGGAAGAAGAUAAAUUGGUCAUGGAUACUUCGUCAACAUCUGACGCAAUCGAUGUAUUGACGACAGCUGACAAUCGAAUUGGUCUUCUUGUUGCAGAGGCACAGCUCCUUGCACAAGAUGUAGAAAAUUCUGUUGCAGCUGUGAGUGGCAAUGCCAAUGGUAGCAAUGAAAGGACAGCAGAUGAAGACUUGAGGAGGAUGUUGACAAAUAUUCUUAUUGACAAUGCACAAUCGAGGAAACAGGUUAACUCUGUUAUACGUUGUGCCUUGAGUGCGGGUGAUAAAUCAGAGAAGGAUGAGGAAGAAACCUCUUCAAGAAGAACUGUUCUUAGCAAGUUCUUGGAAAGAUGAUGUAAGAAACAUUGUUUAUAUAUCUUUUUAUACACAUACUACGAGGACCCUUCCAUCAACCAGGUAAUAAUAAUGAAGCAGUUGUCCAUAUAAUUUUGCAGGUCUAUGGUGGAG